AUGAGUCUGCCGAUAGCCCCCCUCGAUCCCUCCGCUAUCCCUGCGGGAAACACAAACCAGCGCCGGGCGUACAUCACCCAGUUCCUCGGGCGGCUAGGCAAAACAUACCUCCAGCAAGCCCCAGAGGAGUUUCGCAUCUCGAAAGAGCUGGCCAUGGCGAAGCUUGCCAAGCACAGAGUCAGGCAGGUGGGUACUGCCUACUUCGAGUAUAAUGUCGAUAAGGUUGCUUGGUUCAAUCUCUUUCGACGGCUCAAAGACGAUGCCCCUGUUUGGCCCUGGAGCAAAGGGCCCGAGAUUGACGACAUGAGUGACGGCAUGUCUGUCACCUACAACAAGUGGCGAAUUGACCACGACUUGCCUGUCACGCCUGCUGAGGAGACAGAGACCCCCAGUGGUACAAGCAACGCCGCUGAGAAUAACCCCGAGGUCACCAAACCCGCUACCACCAAGACCCAGACUCGCAACGGUGAGUCUUGCCAGCCACAGAUCGAGGCACCUCAGUCUGUGGCCAGGUCAUCCAAGGCUCAGGUGUCUGGUGAUGAGUCCUCUCAAUCCAUGGUCCGCAUCAACCAAUAUUCGGCAAGGCCCACUCCUCGCCACCUCGAGGACGCUCUUGUGCCAUCGACUCUCGACACCGCUUCUCCUGUACACUCUCAGGUUGAUCUCCCUGUAGCGUCCCAGCCCGCGGCCGUCAAUGCCCGAGAGAGGAUUGAGAACCCCGUGGUCCUCGACAUGGCUGUGCGACAGCGGUUCUGGGAGACAUCCUCCGGUGGCCCGUAUACUGGCGUCAUCGCCGGCCCCUUCACCCUCAACCUUCCAGUAUGGCUGAACUUUGAGAGACUUGUUGUUGGUGAGGAUGGACGCGAUAUCGAUGCCAUCAACAAUGAGAUCCUUGAGCCGGGCGUGGCUAUCUCUUGGGAGGUCUCCGGUGGCAAGCCUCUCUGCCUUGUGGUUGGCUUCACCAAUGAGACCAGUUCGAUGCUGCCUCAGCUUCAACAACAUCUGUUUGAGGUUUGGUGUGACGUAGUCGCAUGGUUCUGUUCGGCGGUGUCCGGUUCUUCGGUCAGCUUGGCCCCUUACCUCAGAGUCAUCCAAGUCUCAUUAUGGCAAGAGUCCCUCGCUGAGAGUGAUCUCUUUGCCAGUCGAGCCCGUCAAGCUCGCGAGUGCUUCGAAUUUUGGUCCCCGAUGAUCCGAGAGGUCAUCCAGCAGCCUCUGGGAGUCGCUGAACAGAGCCUUGCCGCUUGGAUUUGCAACGAGGAAACCGACUCGGACGAGCGCACUAAGCGUCUCAAUGUUGCUCGAGAUGUUUGGCUAUCCAGCUCGUCCGACCCCAAGGUCAUCCGCCGGGCUACAAAGUGGAUACAGAACUUCCUUGGCACCCUUGAGCCCUCUACUUGA